AUCACUAAUCUCCACACGUAAUCCAGAAGGAAAGCCGUACACAAACACCUUUUCCUGAGAAAUCAGCGCAUACCAGAGCGGGCCGCGCUCACUCCAAAAGAGCUCGUAGGCCUAGAUGAGGCCUUGUGGAGCGAGGGGCUGCAUCGUGAGAUGCUUAAGGAUGGAAGAACGAGAAAAGCUCUGAGCGCCGUGUCUGAGCGGAAGGCAACACACUCAGACAAAAAGUCAGAAACCGCACAAACAGAAAAGCAGAAGGGUAACUUCCUGUCUACAAGGCAACAACAUCAAGAACGCAGGGUGGAGCACACACAGUGUGAUGCUCGUGGUUGGGACUGUAGGGUGGAUGCAGGGGUUUGAGGUUAGAGAUGAAAUGGUGUCACAUAUACUGGCUACUUUUCAUUUGAAGCCACCCUGAGGUUUGAUCUUUACCUUCAAGGGAGGCCAGCUUGCUUGAAGGCCAGUCAAGUGAUUAAAGAGAACAACAGCGACACUCUGUGGCUCGAAUUGGCUACUGCAGCCCAACCUGUUACAUUUGUGGAUGCUUGGGGGGGGGGAAAUGCAACAUAAAUACAAGCGUUCAACAUUCUGUGUUUGCGUAUGUGUAACAAACAUUUAAUAACAGUACGCUCUUACUUUGCCAGCCGACCAUGUACUUUGUUUUGAUAGCGGAGGAAGUAGUUUUGGCUUUGGAGGCAUUCGAAGUUUCACACAAGGACCGCGAACGCACCAACGCUAUCAAGGACUUCCAAAAUGGCGGAUCCGACGACAUCGCCCGAGAACCACGCCAAGCACUCGGAUGUGGCGUUCUCCGAUGGCGUCUUUGACCCCAUUCUCUUUCCUGACGCGUCCAGGACGGGGAACCUGGUGUCAAGGGCCAACAGCAUCAGCUCAAGUGCCUCUUCAGUUCCAAACACAGAUGACGAGGAUAGCGACUGCAGGCACGAGACGUUAUACAAGACUUCCUGCAAAGAUCGGCGGAGGCAAGCGCACACGCAGGCCGAGCAGAAGCGCCGUGACGCCAUCAAGAAAGGCUACGAUGAUCUGCAGUCGGUUGUGCCAACCUGCCUGCAGUCUGAAUUUGCGGUGGGAGCUCAGAAGAUCAGCAAGGCCACCAUCCUGCAGAAGACCAUCGAAUAUAUCAAGUUUCUUCACAAAGAGAAAAAGAAGCAGGAGGAGGAAGUUUCCCGUCUAAGGAAAGAAGUGACAGCGCUGAAGAUUAUGAAAACAAACUAUGAGCAGAUUGUGAAGGCAUACCAGAACCAUCCACAGCAAGGCGCGGACCAGGUGUCGGACCAGAUCAAGUUCAACAUCUUCCAGAGCAUCAUGGACUCGCUCUUCUACACCUUCAGCAGCUCCGUGUCGGUCAACAGCUUCCAGGAGCUGUCGGCCAGCGUGAUCAAUUGGAUCGAGGAGCACUGCAAGCCGCUGAUGCUGAAGGAAUUUGUCGUCAGCGUGUUGCGGCAGGUCAAUGGGCAGCUCUACUGAUGCGGGCUGUGACGGUACACGAUUGUGUAUAUGUUAGCUGUGGGUGCACACUUGAUGUAUGUCUCAUCUUGACGAUUUGAGCCGCUUUACAUUUGUGAUAACGUGACGCUAGACAAAACAGUUGUGUUUUUAAAAGCCGACAACAGGCAAUGUCAAGACACAGGCCUCGGAAUGUUAUCAAGAGCAAUGUGUUUCAGUGUGUGUGGAUUUUGUCUCUCAGGGCUCACUAAAGAGAGUCUUUGCCAGAAUUUGUAGAGAUGUCACUAAAUUGUUCUGAUGUGCCUAAAAUGGCCAGUGAGUGUUAAAUCAACAGUGAUGACUUGGCUACAUCGGCACCAAAAGCAGCCUCCGUCCAGGACAAUUCAAACCAAUUUCCAGGCCAGGAGAUUUCCCAUGAUAUGUGACGUGUCAAACUACAAGCACUACAAUCCUACCCGAGCCUUACAAAGUGCAUAUCAUAGGGGUGACGGUAAAGCUUACCUCUAUUGGCCUGUUCUGCUCAGAUCAGAUGUUACUCACCGAAGCAGGACACUCCAGGGUAGCUUCCCGCAUUAAGAUAAUUAAAUGCGUGGUGACAUCAGUUUGGUGGCUUUCGACAAUAGUACGUAGACACAAUCUUCUUACAAACUAGCGACAGUAUGCCCGUGAUGCCUCUUAAUACUACCUCACAAGCCGGCUAAUUCCCGGGCCGACUUCAUCCUGCAUCGGUCCCUCUCAAUCAGGUAACCGAGCAAGUAAAAAGGCGUUUGGUUGCCAGCGUGUAAGGGGCUAGACUGUCUUUUGUACAGAAAGCUAGCCGGUGAUUUGUAAAUACAUAAAGGGAAGCUUUAAUUGUCUUAUGACUUAGUGAGUUUGUACUUUUAUCGAAAAUUUCAAAUACUUUUAUUUGUGUGCUUAAUUUCUAUCUCAGUUCCCAGAAUAGCCAAGGAUUGUGUGUACAAGCAGCAUUGCAGCCUUCUUUUAUCAAAAGCAUUUAAUAUAAUGCCUCAUGACGUCCCCAAACAAAGACUUCAGCUCUUGAUGAGCUAACAGUUAAGUGUUGUGCCACAAAUCAAUGUGAGUACAGACUUAAAUAUUUUGCCUCUAGAUCUGUUUUAACCAACGGUGUGCCUCAGGGGUCUGUCCUUGGAUUACUCUUGGUCAUUCUGUCAAGUCCAAAUCCAAACGCACCUCUAGUCUGCUAUUUUGUUCUGUUAGUAGGUAUUGAACUGCCCCUCCCCUUAUUUAUUUUAGGCAAACCACAACAUUGUUCCCUUGAUGUUUCUUACUGAUUAUACGCGUUCAAUGUUGGCUUGUUUUCUAAUGGGCUGCUACUCUGUCGUGGCCAGAAUAAUUUCUUACCUGACUGUCUUUCCUGGUGGAAUAAAAGUGUCUGAAGUAGUCUA